AUGCAACUGUCGCCGACAGAAGAAUUCAUCCAAAACUGUACUGAGCUGGAUUUGCCGAACAAUCGGAUGCAGUUUCUCCAGAUGGUUUACCAGUACUUGUGCAACGCAACCUUCCAACAGCAGAACCUUUCCCGGAUCUCCACCUACGAAGAGGGCAGUGUCAUGACCAGAGCAGAGUUUCUGUUUCAGAAUCUGGGACCCAGGAGGUGGAACUUCUUCACACCGACUUGUGUUACCUAUCUCUGCAUCUUUGUGGUGGGUUCCGUCGGGAAUGCGCUAACGUGCUUCGUUAUCGCGAAACACAAGGUUAUGCGAACCCCAACCAAUUAUUAUUUAUUCAGUUUGGCGAUUUCGGAUCUGCUGGUCCUGAUUGUGGGCAUGCCCUUGGAAGUUUACGAAAUGUGGAGGAACUACCCGUUCCUCUUCGGCCAAGCAGGAUGCUACUUCAAAACGUUCCUUUUUGAAACUGUUUGCUUUGCCUCUGUACUUAACCUGACGGCCCUCAGUGCCGAGAGGUACAUUGCAGUGGUGCACCCCUUUAAAGCAAAAUACAUCGUCACCAGAACGCAUGUGAAACGUGUUAUAACAGCGGUGUGGGUGCUCUCCAUUUGCUUGGCCAUUCCCAACACUAGUCUGCACGGUAUUCAGUAUCUGAAGACACCGUCUGGUGAACUCAUUGAAGAGUCCGCUCUGUGCAUGUUGCUAAAGCCAAUUUGGGUGUAUAAUGUCAUCAUUCAGAUCACUACUGUGCUUUUUUACUUCGUCCCCAUGAUCACUCUGAGUGUGCUGUACCUGCGAAUCGGGCUGCAUUUGAAGCGAGAGAAGGCAUUCUCUGAGAUCAAGCCCGACUCGGUAAAUGGCAACAACCAGGCUGGCCGGAACCAGCAGAAGAAAGUGAAGAACCGCCAAAUCACCAAAAUGCUGUUUGUUCUGGUAAUUGUGUUUGGAAUCUGCUGGGCACCUUUUCACACAGAUCGAUUAAUGUGGAUCCAAGUUGCGUACAAGAAUGGACAAAUGCUCAUAUUGUAUCAGAUUGUACAUGUUGUCUCGGGAGUUUUUUUCUAUUUUAGCUCUGCUGUCAAUCCUAUUCUCUAUAACCUCAUGUCCACUCGAUUCAGAGAGAUGUUUAAAGAAGUGAUGUGCAAACGGAGAUCCCAAAGUUACAAACCCACACAAUAUUCAACAAGUGUAACCAGGAUGACAUCCCAUAGCACGGUGCUGGAAUCCAGUUCCUGUAAUGGAAUCCCAUUGUCUGAUAUUGAAGACUGA